CCUUCUUCGGAAGCGUAGUUCUCUCUCUCGGCGCAAAUUCCAUUUUACUGAUAAAUCUGUUUUCAUAUUAAGAGAGAGAGAGAGAGGGAGGGAGAGAAAAACAAGGUCGGUCGGAGAAAGUGGAGCAUUUCUAGCCGCUUCUUUUGCAUUGGUCUCCGAGGUCCCACUCCUUUUAACUCCCGAACCGACGUCGUCAGCUGCACAGUUCUGAAGGAAUCUGUUUUUAAGAACAAAUCUUGCAGAAUGGCGGCUACUGCUACUGUCUCUGCAGGCAUACGGUAUGCACCAGAGGACCCUACCCUCCCCAAACCUUGGAGAGGCCUAGUUGAUGGUAAGACUGGAUAUCUGUACUUUUGGAAUCCGGAGACCAAUGUUACGCAAUAUGAGAGGCCUGUUUCCUCUUCGCAUGUGGGAUCUGCUCCGCUGCAUAGACCUCUUAGUUCAUCUGUUCAUGUUCAAAAAUCUUCUCAAGGACAACGCCGUGAGAGUAGUCCCAUAGAUGAUGAUGAUAGAUACAGCAGAGGCGGUAAUGGUGCUUCAAUGAAGGUUUUCUCUGGAGUUGGAAGUUCUCAGGAUCUGCGUAGUGGACCAUAUCAUCCUCGUGAUGUUGCAAAUGUAACAGUGGGCACUGGUGGUGUGAAGGGAUACUCAUCAUCAAGUGCAGGAACUGGCUUAUCUGGAGAGGCCUAUCGUCGUCAGCAUGAAAUAAGUGUAACAGGAGACAAUGUGCCCCCACCUUUGACAUUAUUUGAUUCCACUGGUUUUCCAUCUGAGAUUCUGAGAGAGGUAUACAAUGCUGGGUUCUCUGCCCCUACUCCAAUACAGGCACAAUCAUGGCCAAUUGCUCUUCAAGGUCGCGAUAUUGUAGCAAUUGCCAAGACAGGCUCUGGGAAAACGUUGGGUUAUCUGAUUCCUGGUUUUAUUCAUCUAAAGCGCAGACACAACAAUCCUCAGUUGGGUCCUACUGUUUUGGUGCUGUCACCAACAAGGGAAUUGGCGACUCAAAUACAAGAUGAAGCUAUAAAAUUUGGAAAAUCAUCGAGGAUAUCUUGCACGUGCUUGUAUGGAGGUGCUCCGAAAGGACCUCAACUAAAGGAGAUAGAUAGGGGUGUGGACGUCGUUGUGGCUACUCCUGGCCGAUUGAAUGAUAUUCUGGAGAUGAGAAGAGUUAGCCUGGAUCAAGUCUCAUAUUUGGUACUAGAUGAGGCUGACCGCAUGUUGGACAUGGGAUUUGAGCCUCAGAUAAGGAAAAUUGUGAAGGAGGUGCCAACUCGAAGGCAGACCUUGAUGUACACUGCCACUUGGCCUAAGGAGGUUCGGAAAAUUGCUGCUGAUCUCCUUGUUAACCCAGUUCAGGUGAACAUUGGGAAUGUUGAUGAGCUCGUAGCUAACAAGUCUAUCACCCAGCAUGUUGAGCUCUUAUCAUCAAUGGAGAAACACCGACGGUUGGAGCAGAUAUUGCGAUCUCAAGAACCGGGAUCAAAGGUAAUCAUUUUUUGUUCAACUAAGAAGAUGUGUGAUCAACUUGCACGCAACCUAACCCGCCAGUUUGGAGCUGCUGCUAUUCAUGGGGACAAAUCCCAGAGCGAGAGGGAUUUUGUCUUGAGCCAGUUUCGGAAUGGUAGAUCUCCAAUCCUUGUAGCCACUGAUGUUGCUGCUCGUGGCCUAGAUAUUAAAGAUAUCAGGGUGGUGAUAAACUAUGACUUCCCCACUGGAAUUGAGGACUAUGUUCAUAGAAUUGGAAGGACUGGAAGGGCAGGUGCCACUGGGGUGGCGUACACAUUUUUUGGUGACCAGGAUGCUAAGUAUGCUUCUGAUCUUGUCAAAGUUCUGGAAGGUGCCAACCAACGUGUUCCUGUCGAAAUCCGUGAUAUGGCUUUACGUGGUGGUGGAAUGGGAAGGUCUAGGCGUUGGGGAUCUGGACCUGGUGGACGUGAUGGUGGUCGAGGUGGCCGUUAUGAUUCUGAUUACAGUAGCAGAGACGGACGAGGCAGUUGGGCAAACUCAUCUGAAAGAGGAGGUGGACCUGGUUGUGACCGAGACUCCCGUGACAGUGAGAGGUAUGGUCGCAAUUCCCGUGAUGUUGAAGCCUCAGGAAGCUUCCAUUACCGAAGCUUUCAUGAAAAAAUGACUCAGAAGCAUAGUCGAAGUAAAAGUCGUAGUCGGAGUAGAAGCCCCAUCCGUGGAUCUGGUUGGGGUGACAACCGAAGCAAGGGCCGAAGUCGUAGCCGCAGUGCUGACAGGUUUGAUCAGGCUCCACCAGUACGUAGUUUUCAUGAAGCUAUGAUGCAACGGGCCCGUUCACCUCCAAAAUUUGGUGAUCUUGAUUUCCCGUCUUUCAAUGGAAGUAAAUCAAAAGAAGAUUCAGACAAUCAUUGGGGGAGAUUGCAGUCUCCAUCCCAUGGUUCUGAGAGGGAGAACGUUGGAGGUUCAUGUGAGCAGCAAUGGGGGCAUUCACCAGUUAAGCGGCAGGAUAAUCAAUCAAAUUUGCAUUUUGGGGAGGAAGAAGAGGAAGGAAUGAUUCAAGCUGAAGAAGCUUUGGCGCCUCACGAUGAAGACGGGCUGUUUCCCAGGAACAAAUAACUGUGUCAAAUAACUGUGUCUGAUGUCCCUGAUUAUAUGCAUCUAGUAUCAAACUUGCAUGACUCUUUUGUAGCUCAUGUUAGGGAGUUAGUGACUGAAGAAUGAGGAUUGCCUGUUGAUUUGUCUUUUCACAAAUCUAGGUGAUUGGGAACCAUAUGACGAGGGUCUAAUUUUUUGUUAGCUAAUCGUGCCCUGGGAAAAAGGGUGAACAGGGAUAUGUCCAAAUUAGCGAGGAAAGAUGCGCCAGAGAACCUCGUUUGUUUUGAUAUCCUGUAAAUGAAUGGGCUGGCGCAUAUACAUGCAAAUUCAUGUUAUAUUUGAUCUCUGA